AAUGCUAAGAGAUGCUUCUCAAAAUCAGUAUGAUUGAAAUUCUUCGAAAGCGUGGCUAUUCUAUCAAGGCUCCCGAAGAGAGCAUUGGUCUUCCAACGAGUCAGACAGAUGUUCUUGCGAUAUCCGGGUCGGGAAAAGCCACACCGGCUGCUGCUUUCCGUGAUGCAGCUCAAUCUCUCAACGCGCACAAAGCUUUUAAGAGGACAUCGUCUACCAACGAGCCUCAAAAAGCCGAAGCUACAACAUCCUCGCUCACCAAUCUGGCGGCCCUCGCUCUCCCGCAGGACUUCGAAGAUGGUCAGUGCGGUACGUGGCGACUUAACAAAACUAUUGGCUGAUCAAAGGUUCUUUCUAGAACGAGACGUGCUGGACGCGGUCUAUACUGCUCUAAAAAAGGAACUCAAAGAACUUGCCCACGAAGAUGGGCGAGAAUCAUCUCAUGUUCGGUCACGUAGCCUCGAAGAACUCUUGAAAAAGAUGCAAGGGAAAGGCUAUACAGUGAAGUAUAGUCAAAAGCGUGGUGAGGUCUUCAAGGUGCAUCUAGGGUGGCAAGAGAAAACCGAGAACCACUCCUCGAAAACUUCAAGUAAUGGAAAAACGGCGCAAAAAGUCUCAGGUUGCGAAGAAGAUGAUGUGGUGAAGCUUGUCGAAGCAGUCGAGAGUAGUCUAACGUCAAAAGGGAAAGCUCCAGCCUGCACGGUCGAGAAAAUUCUGCGGUCUGAGAUACCGGAUCUCUACAACCGAACACCGACAAUACGCUGCUUCAGUCAUUACUUGAUGCACAUGAGGAGCAUAGGGGCACCAAUACGAUUUGAGCAAGCAGAGGGGCGGCCGACAUGGAUCUACUUUCUCUAGUCGGCAUACGGCGGUCUUUCACAGCUGCAAGAAACACUCGGGGUUCACCUGUAUGUCGAAGAGUAUACCUAUCAAAUUGGACUCAGCAAGUGAUUC